GUGACACCAUGUAACUUUUCAACCUUCAUAAUAAAAUUUCAAGACCCUUGUGAUAGUACAUCGACUUUAAAUAGGUUGAAUGACAUGUCUACCAUACCAUGACGGUGUCUGUAUCGCUUUUACUCGUACUUUAAAACUUAAGGUUUGUGGUAGUAACCAGAGCACAAAAAAAACUACAAAAUUCGUCUGCUUUACGGCAUACGUCACUUCCUCCACUUCCUUAAAUUCGGACGUGAGAGCGCAGCUGCUUAUUUACGGAUGUUUUUGUCAUGGCCGAAGCAACAACCACGAGAAAGAAACGCAAGGUUUUGUCUGAGGAGACCAGAAAGAGAAAACGGGAGAGUGAUCGAAGUAAAGGAAGGACGAGGAUCAUUAUUGGGCCAGCGUUUGCUCGCUGGCGUGAACUGAAGGAGGAGGAGGGCUUCGUGACCGAUGCGGACUUGGCCGUCAUGCUUUUGGACUACUACGAAAGCAGAGGUCCAGCAACUUCCACACCGUAUAAAGGAGAGGGCACAUCAAAACCUCCUGGACCACCAGUAUCGAGUGUUACAGACUCUUCGGAUCAUGACAGGGGGAGAGAAAUGGUCCUUUCCGGUGUAGAGGAGUUGAUCACAGAAAGUCAAAAAGUUGAUGUGCUUGAAUCAAGUAUGCACUCGUUGGCUAUUUCAGAGGAACCUGAUGAUGACCUAGAGGCUGCUAAUGAUUUGCAGAAUAGUAUGAUUGAGAUGGAGGAAGCUGUUUGCUUGGAAGAUGAAGACUCUGAUGAGGAUUAUGUUCCUUUCAUCUAUCUACGGUCUACAAGAAGGGGGGCAGAGAUUGAGAAGCUACCUGAAAUACACAUAGAUGAGGCUGUGCUGGAUGUAGAGGAUGUGCCCAUAGUUCCUGAGGAAGACCAACGCUUUCCUUUCGAACACAAAGUUGAGACUGUAGAGGACCUCAUAGGAAAGAAAGCGAACAUCUGCUACAAUGACAACUUGCUCUCUCUUGCAAGGUACAUGCAGUUACCUGUACAGUUCUGUCAGUUCAGAGACCCAAUUUUGGGGACACAAUGUAAUGGAAGGCCUCCUUUUCAUGUGCAAUUGAAAUCCAGAGGGACCGGUGUCAUUCUUGAAUGGGUUUGCACUCACGGCCACACAGUUUGGCACUGGAAUUCCCAGCCAGUCCUAAAAUUUGGCAUGCAAGGAGGCGAUUUCAUGCUUUCAACCAACAUUCUUCUCUCUGGCAACAACCACAGAAAAAUCCAUCUCCUCUUCAAUUUUAUGUGUAUGGGAAUGGUGUCUGAGAGUACAUUUUUUGCCAUACAGUCUGAAUACUGCCUAAAGCCUGUUGAGGAGUUUUGGGAAGAGAGUAGAGAGAGGGUGUUGAACAGGCUUCGACAAAAGACUGAAGUAGUUGUACUUGGUGAUGGCAGAAUGGACUCCCCAGGUCACUGUGCACAAUAUUGUACGUACACUAUGAUUGAGCUUGAGACUCGUGAUAUUGUGCACAUUGUGAGCGAGGACAAAAGGAAGUGUGGGAGGAAUUCCGUCAUCUUGGAGAAAGUCUGUUUUGAAAGUACAAUGGACUGCCUUCUCAACGAAAUCCCUAUCAAAGAAGUAGUGACGGAUGCUCACAGACAAAUAUCUGCCUUGCUCGACCCAGUACGUGGAAAAUACAAGGAUUGGUCUUUAAAGGGACACCAUGAAACUUUUGGCCACUAGGGGGUGCUAGACACGUAUUUUUCACUUCUAGCGCCCCUAGAGCCCACAAGCGCCGCAGCACUGUCGCAAAGGAAAGGAACUGGCCAACCUUAAAACUAAACUAAAAACUAAACAUUUAAAAUGCUAAACGAUCAACAUUUUGAGACAACAGGGAGAAACGCAGUCAUGUUACAACUUUCUGAUGAGGAACUCGUCGUGGCAGAAGCCAUUUCUCAAUCUGAAGGUUGCAGCCUCCGGAUGUCGUAUUUCUAAUACGUCAUCAAGACUGUCUUAUUUCACAAUAUUAACAAUUACAAAGUUGACUAUUAUACUUAGUUAAUCGUAAAUUGUUGCAGUAUGCUUAUGACUUGCGAAUGUAAUGCUCAGUUUACCUUAAUAACCCAGGCUUGAUGACGUGUGCAGCCUGCAUAUUUGACCUCCGGAGGCUGCAGCCUUCCAAUUCAGAAACGACCAGACGUAUUUCCUUGCCUUUUUCCAAACAAAUAUUGUUGCAUCCUCUCUCUCUCCCUCGCCACCAGGAUUUU